AUUGAGUGUGCGAAUGACAGACAUUUUUUCUACCCCCGGUAAGAAGUAUUUUCGAUAAGCCGUGACGUAAUUGAUCGGAACUCCAAAUGAAACUGUCAAACAUACGUUCGUAACGAAAAAAAAAUAAUGAGCCAGUUCGGUAACAAAACGACCCCGUGGGCCCGUUCGAACCCAUCCCCGAACAUGGUGAAUCAAAACAACGCGGCACUGCAAACGCAAAUGAUGAACCAGAACCUAAGUAACCUGAACAACUCCGGCCUCAACUCGGGCCUCGUUCAGUUCCAACAACAGCAGGUCUUCCAGAACACGAUGCUGCCGCAACAGAACAUCGGCUUGGGUCUGCAACAGAUGGGCGGCAUAUCCAAUCCGAUAUUCCAGCAGGUAUCUUAUCCGAAUCCGCGGGGGCUCAACCCCACAGCGUUCCAAACGCAGAACAUCUCCUCGGUGCCGCCGGUGCAGAAUAACUCUGGUCCGGGUACGAAGCAGCGUUUCUUCACCGGCACCGUGACCAAAGUGCACGAUAACUUCGGUUUCGUCGACGAGGACGUGUUCUUCCAGACGAACGCGUGUGUGAAAGGAUCUAACCCGAUGGUCGGCGACCGGGUGCUGGUCGAGGCGACCUACAACCCGAGCAUGCCGUUCAAAUGGAACGCCACGAGGAUUCAGGUACUACCGACGACCAACGCGCCAAAUCGCAACGCUAAGAACUACUCGAACUCGAACUACAACGCGGUGCCGCCCCCGAACGACAAUUGCAAUGGCAAUUUCGGUAGGAAUCGGUCCAAGGCUAUGCUGGGCAGAGGCCGCGAGAGGUCGAGGGAGAGGGAUAGAGAGGAUGAGGAGGUUGAGAGGAAGAAACGGCGGGAGGAACGGUUGAGGGAAAGAGAAAAGGAGGAGAAGAAGUCGCCGAUUAGGCGAAGGUCCAGGUCUCCAAAGUCUAGGAGGAGGUCCAGGAUUGUUCCAAGAUAUAUGGUUCAAAUUCCCAAAAUUGCCUUGGAUAUGCCAAGAGCGGACGUUUUGGAGGUACGAAGACGCUACGCAAACAUCUACAUACCAUCGGACUUUUUCUUCAGCAACUUCCGAUGGGUCGACGCCUUCCCACCGGAUAAACCGUUCACCUUAAACAAACCGAGUUCAUUCCACAUCAUGAACAAGGAUAUCGAACCGUUGGUGAAAAACGAAGCCGUCUUAGAACCUCCAGAUGCCGACUAUUUAUUCUCUGCCAAAGUGAUGUUGAUGAGCGUGCCGGGUGUUGAAGAGCUUUACCAGAAGUGCUGCGCCAUGGCCGAGGACAAGGAUCGUCGCGAGCGUGACAGCGAGGAACGCGACUACGUCCAUCCGACUCGGCUGGUCAACUUCCUCGUAGGACUGCGCGGCAAGAACGAGACAAUGGCGAUCGGCGGUCCGUGGAGCCCGUCCGCGGACGGCGAACAUCCCGAUCGUGAUCCUGCCGUUCUCAUACGUACGGCCAUUCGCACAUGUAAAGCUCUCACCGGCAUCGAUCUGAGCAGUUGCACGCAAUGGUACCGCUUCCUGGAGCUGUAUUACCGGCGCGGCGAGUCGACGCACAGGGGGAGAGCGAUGCCGGCCCGCGUCGAGACCGUCGUCCUCUACUUGCCGGACGUGUGGAGCUGUUUGCCGACGCGGCUCGAGUGGGACGCGCUCCACCACCGCCACCGGACCGAGCUGGAGCGCAGGCUGGCGGCCGCUGCUGCCGUUCAGGCGGUCGUUGCCGCGGCGCAACCUGUCGAGAGAACGUCGUCGUCGGAGGCUGCGGCGGCGGCGGCGACGCAUCAGUCGGAGGAGGAGACUGCGGCGACGGCGGCCCUUGCAGACGAAAAGGACGAGGACACGGGUGCGGUCAAGCCGGAGCCGACGCACUACUCGCAACUCGACCCUCGUACAAUGGCUGUACAUGAUCUCAGAAAGGAACUGAAGGCCAGGAACAUCAACUCGAAAGGGCUUAAGUCGCAAAUGGUGGCCAGGCUACAGAAGGCACUCAAGGCGGAAAUGGAACGCGGUGAGGACGACAAUCCGGACGACGGUUCCGUUAAAGGUGAAGAAGAGUCGGAAGGAAUGGAUGUGGCUCAAGACGAAAAGAAGCUGGAGAUAGAGGAAAAGAAACUAGACGAAAAGGAGAAAGCACUCCUUGAAAAACGUUACACACUUCCCGAACAACCUCACAUAAUAGUAUAUCCGUCCAAGUCUGCGAAAUCGGGCAAAUUCGAUUGUACAACAAUGUCGCUCUCUUUGUUGCUUGACUAUCGUCCGGAAGAUACUAAAGAACACUCGUUCGAAGUGUCCCUGUUUGCUGAACUGUUCAACGAGAUGCUCAUGCGCGACUUCGGGUUCAACAUAUUCAGAGCCUUGCACGACCUGCCCGACAAAACGAAAGAGAAAGAAGAAAAAAAGAAAAAGGACGAUAACAAAAAGAAGGACAAGGAGGAGAAAAAAGAUGAGGAUAAAGAGAAGAAAACGGAGGAGGAGCCCAAAAAGGACGACGAGAAAAAAAGGGAUGCAAAGAAGGACGACAAACGUACGGACGAGAGCGAAGACGAGGACGAAGAGGAAGACGACAAGAAGAAAGAUAAACGCAAGAAGGAACGCGUCAAGUUGUAUACGAAAGACAAGCAUUUACUUUUAUCGUUCGUGUAUUUUGAUCAAACGCACUGCGGCUACAUCUUCGAUAAGGAUAUCGAAGAUUUGCUCUACACGUUGGGUUUGAAUUUGAGUAGGGCCCAGGUCAGAAAACUGGUGGGCAAAGUGGUGACUAGAGAUUCGUUGCAUUACAGGAAACUGACGGACAAACCGUGGGACGAAGAGAGUGUUACAGUAACGGAUUCCGAAAAGGAGGCGAAUCAUUUGAGGUGUUUGGCAACAGGGAACAAGAAGUUGUUGCCCGUUUUCAAUGCUGAUGAUCACGUUGAGAAAAAACCGAAGCUUGAAGAUUCAGAGGAGCAAACAAAAUCGAUUGAUGAUGGUAUGGUAAUGUUCAGGGGCGCACUGAUGGACGUGGGCAAACUAUUACAGCAGUUGGAACGCAGUGAAAAGGCGAGACUAGAAACUGAGUCGAGGAUGGUGGAUUUGAAGAACGAAAACACCAAACUGUCCGAUAAAUUUACAAAAUCAAACUCUACAAUCAAACAUUUAAAUACUGAACUCAAAGACUGCAAAGAAAAACUGAGGAAUGUCGAAGAUUCUCUCACUAAAGUUAAUGCGAAUUCGAAAUUAUAUCACAAUAUGUUGUGCGAUAUCAGAGAUAAAAUCGACCCUAUUUUAAAGGGUUCAAAAGACGAAUUAGUGGUGAAAAAGGAAGAGAAGGACAAGAAACAUGAAGAUAACAAAUCAAGAUGGGAAAAGGACACUCCUAAAGAAGAUGGGAAUGAUGAAUCAGUGGAAGUGAAAAAAGAAAAAUAGUUGUUAUAAUUUAUUGAUGUAUUUUUGUUCAUUUUGUUUUUCAUAAAUAGUAUUGAAUUGUGUGGAAUCAAUCAUUGACGGUAUAUUGAAUUAAUCACCUAGUCACGUAAUUUUUUUAUUGGUUUUCACUAAUUUGUAUAUAAGUUGCGAAAUAUAGUCUAUAUACAUUGUA